ACCGCCCUCUCUGCAGUGUUUGAGGAUGAGCAGAGUUCCGCCCAGCCUGCUUUAUCUCACUGUAUAUAACCCUACUUUGAGACAUACCGGACCCAUCGUCGGCGACGAUGAAGACGCAGAUGAGCAGGCUCAAAUAUUAUUCUACACUGCAAGGGAACGAGCCGUCUCCCGGGACAAGAUCCUGAGACAGGUCGGUCUCGUGAAGGCUCUGGUAAACUUUACAGGGAUGUUCAGCCCCUCGGAUAUGUGCGAGAACACGCACUCACAGUCGAGGCGGAUGGUUAUGGUGUCUCCGGAGCCCAACUUUUGGUUUCACGCCUGCGUCGAGCUCGCAAAGUCGCCGCGGCCGCCGCCGCCCGCCAAGGGCAAGGGCAAGGGCAAGGGCAAGGCCUCUGCCACCCAAGAGGUUGCCUACGACUACUACGAUUCUUCUGUUCAUGAUUUGGCACUGAGAACUCGUAUUGUGCAUGGUUAUGAGCAGUUCAAACUCACACACGGAUCCUUCACGUCCAUCCUGGCUUCAUUGGGACAACAAGCACUGGAAGUUCAAUUGGAGAGAUUUUUCACUGUAUGGGCAUGGAGCUGGGACUUCGAGGAGGAUAUGGAUUUUGCUGGCCAUCUAGGUGUCCCUCUUCAUCCCUUGCAUCGAUCUCUGUCCCCCAUCCUCGAUGUCUUCUCUCAAGAACGCCUGGAAACUUUCGUCACAUUCCUCCUCAUACCGCCCUUUGUCGUGCCAUCGACCAAACUAAUAGAAUCUGGAUACCCAAGCGUACUAAUCAGCCACAUACUCUCUCGUAUACCCCCGCCACCUCCACCAACCAAUAAGUCCACAGAUUCCAAGCCGUACAAUGCUGAGGAGAAGCCUGCGGCUGAUUUGGCUGUUCCUCGUACCUUAAAUACGAAGAGCCUGAACGACACUAUUCGCACGGCGAGCCCAUUCAUGAACAUGAAUAUGGACAUGCGCAGUCUCAAAUGGAUGUGGAACGGGCUGACAUUCUCAAAGACCUCAUCGGCGAAGCCUACCGCACCCUCGUCACCAUCUAUAGCGGCUACAGAAGAGCACGCUCAGGAGCCUUUGCCAUCUCAGGAGGCGAAGAUGCAAGAAACAUUGGUGGUUCCCCAAAGACCCGAGGCCGAGGUCGAUGCAGAGUCACUACAAGAAGCUAUCUCGUCAGAUUUCGAAGGUACGAUGUCGCACGUCCCAUCGCCGACGAAACCAGAAGCUAUACCGCUACCUGCUUCACCACCAAGUAGCCCUCCCGACAUAUGUGAUGUCGAAGCGACGCGAGGUGACGAUGGAACUGCGGAACUUGAAAACACCCCUCGCAUUGCCUUUGCGUUCCGAGCGGACGGGAUUCAAGCAUUUCCAGAAGUGUCCAACAUAGCCAACCCUCACAAUUCUGUUCUAGAGGAGCGGCCAGCCACUCCUGUGCCACAGCCAGAUUUCAUAUCAACCAUCGUUUAUCUUGCGACCGGGGCCAAUCCUGAGCAGACGGUACGACAUAGGGUCUACCAUGCUACACAAGGGAUUGUGACAUUCGGUGUGAUCGCCGAGGAUGGAAAUUCUCUGGAUCUAUCCCUUAUAGCCAAUGCGCUAGUUGGUCUCUUCUCCAAGCUUGAGGACGUUGUGGAAGAGGGCGAGAAGCGGACUGACGACGUAGCCACGCCGGUAACGAAGAUUUUGGAGCCACAAAGCAAGCAUAUCAUCUGCACAGGCGGCUACACCUUUUCUUCGUCACCAAGCUUCUCCUCGAAGUCGGAACACUUGUUUAACGGUAGAGAGCGGCUGCACAGUGAAUUCGACAUCCAGGAGGUGUUCUCGCGCAGCCAAAACCCGCAGCACUGGCACAUCUCGAAGCGCAGCCUAGGCGUGAACCAAGAUGGUAAUAUGGUCGAUGGUCAAGUGUUCAUGGAAGUUGCGCGCAAGGAGAGCACCCUCGCAGAUGUAGACAACGAGCUUACCGGUGCUGUGCGGCGUUUCCUUGAGUAGGAAUGAGAUUUCGCACACGAGACAUGUCGCGAGAGCACUAUCGCUCCCCCUGUGCGGUAUAAUUGAUGCCCCACAGCUGCACAGCAGACGGAGGGAUUGAUACUCACAGGCCCAGGUAUGCUGAGAAGACGCCGCUAAAGUAUCUACGCGCAAGCGAGAAGGGAUGUAUAACAGACCGCUCUUGUUAUCGAUGCAGACCUCAAGAAUGUCGGUAGUAGUUAGCGCUAUGACUAAAGGUUGACCAGUCG